AAGUCAAGCCCAUUUUGAAGAAGUUGAACGGACAUGGGGUGAAGAUGACCCAAGAAAACUGGGUGGGUGAAUUGGAAGGAUUUGAAUACUACACGGGUCCAAACAAAAAGACCGAAUUAAACUUGUACAGUGAUCAAUUCUAUAACAUUUCUACGUUGACCAACGUCUACGGUGAGAUUGAAGGUGAAAUCAAGGACGAAGUGAUUGUCAUUGGUAACCACCGUGAUGCCUGGAUUAAAGGUGGUGCUGGUGAUCCUAACUCUGGAUCUUCCAGCUUACUCGAAAUUGCUAGAGGUUUGGGAGAAUUGCAAAAGCAAGGAUACAAAUUCAAGCGUAGUAUAGUUCUCAUGAGUUUCGAUGGUGAAGAAUACGGCUUGUUAGGCUCCACUGAAUAUGGUGAAUAUGCUGCCAAACAAUUAUCCAAGAAAGUUGUGGCCUAUUUGAAUGUGGACGUUUCCGUGUCUGGCCCUGUACUUGGCUUACAGGGAUGCCCAUCAUUGUACAGUGUGUUGAAAAAGGCUGCUAGCAUUUUGCCAUACCCAGAAGAAGGUGUUGGAUCAUUAUUGGAUCACUACAUCUCUCAUAACGGUGACAAGAUUGGUGUCUUGGGAUCUGGUUCUGACUACACUGUGUUCUUGGAACAUUUGGGUAUUCCAUCUGUUGACAUGGGAUUCGGACCCGUUAAGGGUUCUGCUAUUUACCAUUAUCAUUCCAACUACGAUUCCUACCACUGGAUGGAAACUUACGGUGACAAAGGAUUCGUUUAUCACAACUUGAUGGCCAAAUACUUGGGGUUGGUAGCUUUGGAAUUGAGUGACAGAGAAGUGUUGAACUUAAAAGUCGCCGAUUAUGCUGACUACUUGAUUGGGUACUUUGAGGUGGUGAAGAAAAAAAUUCCAAAGACUUGGUUGAAGGAAAGAAUCGAAGACCCUGACACUUUGAAGAAUCUCUUGACUUAUUCCGAGGAUGAGACCAGUUUUAUGAAAUCUACUGCCCAUGGCUAUUAUAAAGCCAAGUCACCUCUUCCAUUCCCAGAAUUCCUUAAGCAUGGUAUGUGUCCCAAACACCAAGGAAGUAUUAUGCACCUCUUGGAGGACCAUGAAGAUGUUACCUUAGGAGAUCUUCUUGAUUCCACCAUCACUGACUUGGAAAAGGUUAAGGAAACCACUGAAGCCUUCGAUGCUAAAUCUGAAGACCUCCAACUCCAAUUUGACGACCGCUACUCCUUACCUUUCUGGAGCAGAUUCAAGUUAAGGUUCUUAAUCAUCAAACAGAACAAGUUAUUGCAAUACUUUGAAAGAAACUUCUUGACCCACAAGGGGUUGCAUCAAAGAGAAUGGUUCAAACACAUUAUUUAUGCUAGUGGUAGAUUCACAGGUUAUGCUGGACAAGUGUAUCCAGCCUUGCAAGAAGCUAUUGAAGAUAAUGACUUUGACAGAUUGGUCGAUGGCUUGGGGGUUGUUUCCAAGACUUUAAGAAGAAUCUACGGCGAGUUGUCUUGAACAUUAUUAUUUAGUUGAAUAUGACAUUGAUCUUUUCUGAACUCAGCUGGUAAAUGCAUGGAUAACUAAAUUUUUGGUAUGCCCAAAAAUCAUGAAGAGUUGGUUUAUUCCUAUAGUCCGAUAUACUAGUAGACAAAUUGUGGUUUUUUCAUGAUUUUUGAAGGUCAUCUCGUGUUACUAUUACUUUAUUCAAAUUUCGUAAAUUUCACAAUCUGGUGACAACUCGGAUAAAAAAACUUUCAGAUAAAACAAGCAUCACUUUAAUUUAUAUUUUCUCCUAGUUUUCGAUAACAUGGUUAACACAUAAGCCAAUGCAGCAACUGCCAUUGCCAACCCCAAGACCGAGAAAAUAUGAAACAUCCAUAUAUCUAUCCAAUCUACCCUGGUCAAUUGUGUCUUUCCUAUAUUUUCAAUAGACCUCUUCAAUUUCCUGUUUAUAUUAGCCAAAGCAUUUUUCUCCUUUUCAUUUGUUGGGUUGAGCACAGAAGUAGGUAGCAUCAUUGGCGGAUUGUACUCCAACCAUAGUGGUUGUUUCUUGGAGCCAUCAAAUGAAUACAAUUGGAGUUUGUACUUACCAUAAUAAUAGUCGUAUUCAAUAUCAAAAUGGUCAAUUUUCUCUUCCUGAUUAUACCUCAUGUAUAUAGACUCUUUUGACUUGCUAGGAUCACUAAAUAACUUACGGCCAUCCGAAGGAUAAGGUUUCAAACUCAUGGAGCCAUCUUUGUGGAUGGUAUAUUUCCCAUGCUGCCAAAUAAUGGCUGCAGUUGGAGCCUUUGGCUCAAUUGGAUUCGAGGUGACCGAGUAGAUUGCCUGUUCCCAAUAGCCAUCUUUGUCAAAUGAGUAGCAUACUCCUGGUAGACUUGGUUCAUAGAUUAGCUCAUCAACAGGAUCAUAGAUUCUAGGGCCAGUAAUGACAGUUUUGGACUUGCUCAUCCAUGUACCGUCGAUGCCAAUGCAGCACACUUUGACUGCCAAAACAAAAAACACCAAUAAAGAAGACAUGUUAAAGGGGCAAAAGCUAAAAACUACUAGUGAUAGAUUUCAAGUUUGGCAGAGUAAGCCGUAAAUAGCAGACUUAUGCAAGGUGAUGCUUCAUUAAAGUACAAGUACAAA